GUCACGCGCGCGCCCGCGUCGCUCUCCAGUGGGAGCAGUGCGAGCUCGCUAGUGCGCUUCUCAAAGCCGAGUCUCACCUCGCAACUACCAACCGGCAACCGCGCGCCAGCUCCAGUCCGCGCGAGCUAUAUAUGCGCUCCGCGCUCAGCUGCGCAGCUCCACCGCCGUAUCGUGUGACUGAGACUGAGAGCAGCGCCCAGGUCGACGCCGUUCUCGCCUCGCCGGCAGCUUUUCACAGCGACGCGGUGGGUGGUGAGAGCCAUGGACCCGUACAAGUACCUCAACAUCCGCUUCAACCCGGACGGCUCGCUCACCCGCAACGGCCAGGCGAAGCUCCUCCCGGCGGCGCCCUCGGGGGAGCCCGUCGCGGUCACCACCGCGGACGGCGGCCCCGCGCGCCGCAUUGUCCACUCCAACGACGUCCCGCUCGAUGACGCCAAGGGCACGAGCGUGCGCCUCUUCGUGCCGGGCCUGGCCACGGCGCCCCGCGGCGGCAGGCUGCCGCUGAUCGUCUACUUCCACGGGGGCGGCUACGUGCUCUUCCGCGCGGCCUCCGAGCCGUUCCACAACAACGCCGCGGUCCUGGCCGCCUCCGUGCCCGCCGCCGUCGCCUCCGUCGACUACCGCCUCGCGCCCGAGCACCGCCUCCCCGCCGCCUUCGACGACGCCGCCGACGCCGUCCGCUGGGUGCGGUCGUACGCCGCCGGCUCGCCGGGCAGGCCCAUCUUCAUAAUGGGCUGCCACAACGGGGCCAGCAUCGCGUUCCGCGCGGCGCUGGCGGCGGUGGACGAGGGCGUGCAGCUGCGGGGGCUGAUACUCAACCAGGCGCACCACGGCGGCGUGGAGAGGACGGCGGCGGAGGCGGCGUCGGUGGACGACCGCGUCCUACCGCUGCCGGCGAACGACCUGCUCUGGGAGCUCGCGCUGCCGCUGGGCGCCGACCGGGACCACGAGUACUGCAACCCGGAGGCCAUGCUGGCCGGCGUCGGGGCGGAGCGGCUGCGGAGGCUGCCGCCGUGCCUGGUGCUCGGCCGCAAGAAGGACCCGCCGAGGGACCGGCAGAGGGUGCUGGUGCAUGCGCUGCGGAAGGCCGGGGUGGCCGUCGAGGCGCAGAUGGACGGCGCAGGGUACCACGCGAUGGAGCUGUUCAAGACUAACUGCGCCGAGGAGUUCAACGCGCAGGUGACGGACUUCGUCCGCCGGCACGCCGGCGACGGCGACGGCGACGGCGUCGACGUGUACGCUGCGAGGAGCAGGCUGUGAUCGGUGGGUCCAAAAGAGGAGGUUGUUACAACGGCGCUGUCUCAUCUAGUACAAUUUUUAAACGACUAAUAUAUCAAUCAUAUCUUCUUCACCAUGCUAUGAUUGAUUGACUUGGACUGACGGGCUGAGGCUCACAGCGUGUUUGGUUUAGAGGAAUUAAAGAUGGGGAAUGUGAGUUAAGGGAUAAGGAGAUUAAAAAUCCACUGUUUGAUUAGAAGGAAUGGAAGUUUAAGUGGGAAGGAGACUGGAAGUUGGGAAAGCCAAUUCCCACCGAUUUCUUUCCAGGGAUACCCUGUUAAUUCGUGAGGAGAGUUUUAUCCUAUGCCAAUUCUCAUCAUAUGCCAAACAAGAAAAUGAAAGUAAAAAUCUACCUUCCA